AUGGAUCUCGCCAACCUCCUCACUGGCGCUUCUAAGCCAUACACCCAGACCUACCACAAGCGUCCUUUGCAAGCGCCUCCCUCCCCACCAGUCGAGGAUCAGGUCAAAUGCUCGUUGCCUUCUAUCUCCAGUCUUUUGGAAGGAGCCGAUGGCCAACACGCAGCUAAGCGUCAACGUCUCAGUCCAUCACUGUCCCGGGAUCGUGAUAUCUACGACACAAUCCACCUCCCACCGACUCCCCCUCUCCGCCCCGGCUCAGGAUCAGGUCACUCCCGCUCCCCACAACAGAGCAAGAUCUCCCACCGCUCCUCCGUCUCAAGCACAGGCUCCGUCCAAGGCGGCCCCUACGCCUCCCCCGCUCCAAGUCUCUACUCCUACUCUUCCCCAAUCGACCCAACACCAAUGUACUACCCCCGUCCACCAACCGCCUCUUCCUUCCAACCCUCAACCCCAUCUACAAUGCCUCAACAACCCGCGCAGACCCAGUCCCAGGUCCCGGUCCAGGUCCACCACCACCACCAGUCCUCUCGAUCUUCCCCUCCUCUCAUCUCUCCAGUCACUCCAGCCUGGCAACACCACCACUACUUCCCUCCCUCAACCUCCACACCCUACCAGCAGAACCACGACCGCUAUAUCUGCCGCACAUGCCACAAGGCUUUCUCGCGCCCGUCGUCCCUGCGCAUCCACUCCCACUCUCACACGGGCGAGAAGCCUUUCCGCUGCACACAUGCUGGAUGCGGAAAGGCUUUCUCCGUGCGCAGUAACAUGAAGCGACAUGAACGGGGUUGUCACUCUGGUCGUCCUGUUGCGCCUAUUGCUGCUGCGCCUAUUGCUCUUGUCUCAUAA